AUGAUACAGCUGCAUCAUCACAGUCAGCCGGGUUAUGAAGGCAGCGCGGGUCAGUCGGGUUGUGAAGGCAUCGCGGGUCAGUCGCGUUACGAAGGCAGCGCGGGUCAGUCGGGUUACGAAGGCAGCGCGGGUCAGUCGGGUUAUGAAGGCAGCGCGGGUCAGCCGGGUUAUGAAGGCAGCGCGGGUCAGCCGGGUUAUGAAGGCAGCGCGGGUCAGUCGGGUUAUGAAGGCAGCGUGGGUCAGUCGGGUUACGAAGGCAGCGCGGGUCAGUCGGGUUAUGAAGGCAGCGCGGGUCAGCCGGGUUAUGAAGGCAGCGCGGGUCAGCCGGGUUAUGAAGGCAGCGCGGGUCAGUCGGGUUAUGAAGGCAGCGCGGGUCAGUCGGGUUAUGAAGGCAGCGCGGGUCAGCCGGGUUAUGAAGGCAGCGCGGGUCAGCCGGGUUAUGAAGGCAGCGCGGGUCAGCCGGGGUAUGAAGGCAGCGCGGGUCAGUCGGGUUAUGAAGGCAGCGCGGGUCAGCCGGGUUAUGAAGGCAGCGCGGGUCAGCCGGGUUAUGAAGGCAGCGCGGGUCAGCCGGGUUAUGAAGGCAGCCCGGGUCAGCCGGGUCAUGAAGGCAGCGCGGGUCAGCCGGGUCAUGAAGGCAGCGCGGGUCAGCCGGGUCAUGAAGGCAGCGCGGGUCAGCCGGGUCAUGAAGGAAGCGCGGGUCAGCCGGGUUAUGAAGACAGCGCGGGUCAGCCGGGUUAUGAAGGCAGCGCGGGUCAGCCGGGUUAUGAAGGCAGCGCGGGCAACGCGGGUCAGCCGGGUUAUGAAGGCAGCGCGGGUCAGCCGGGUUACGAAGGCAGCGCGGGUCAGCCGGGUUACGAAGGCAGCGCGGGUCAGCCGGGUUAUGAAGGCAGCGCGGGUCAGCCGGGUUAUGAAGGCAGCGCGGGUCAGCCGGGUUAUGAAGGCAGCGCGCUUGCACUUCAAAGUACAUUGUAUACUCUGACUUGUACGCAUGGAUGCAAUUCAUUCUUUCUACAAAACCUCGCACCACGCUAA